AUGUCCUUCCUCAACUUUGACGACAUACACUACUUUUCUCUCGCCGGAUUCACUCUCAAUGCAGAGGAGCGCGCGGCCCUCUCAUCGUCCCUAGUCCUGUUACGACAACACGAACGAUUAUCAUCCACCUCCUUGUGGGGCAAGGUAUUGGGAAUCCAAAAGGACUAUUUCGUCGCUCAGGGAAUCACUGAUGAUCUGUUUGCAAGAAAGUACUUUUACAGCAUGGACAUGGUCAACUGGUUGCAACUCCCACAAUUGGCACCUCCGGAAUUAAUGCGCUCUGAGAACAUAUUGAGUCGUUUCCUCGGUGAUCCAUCGUUCGAAUAUGCUGUUACAGAAACCACUCCUGAAGACGCCGAAAAGCCUCCCGUCAUAAACGAAGAAAAGAGAUUGGCUGGUUUGGUUGCUCUCAUCAACCAUGAAGCGCAAGUCGUUCCUCGUGGUGCAUACUAUCGAGAUGCGCUACACGAACUUAAAUCCAACCCUUCAUUCCAAGGUCUACCUGGAAGCGACGCUGGAUUCUUGACUUCAUACCAGCACUUUCGCCCAGGCUUUAAAUUGGACUUGAAGACUGUCAAGGACUUGGGAGCCAACUAUGAUGAGUCUAUUGAUAUCUUUGAUCCAAUCUCGAAGGAUCAACCUAAUGGAGUAUGGUCACUACAACAAGAACAAGGUGGUGAAGUCAUCUUGCUACGAUCUCUCCUCUGGCCUGGAUAUACCUUCUUCCAUACUCCCACACCAUCCAAAUUCGGAUCAAUGUACUGUGGAAACGGUCAAAAGAAUGCCAAUAUUGGCUUCAUGUUGUAA